AUGUCCUUUUGGCAGGAAAACAAAGGAACAUUCAAAGCUGCAGGCAUUGCAACUGCCAAAGGAAUUGGAACAGGCACCAAAGCCUUAUCGAAAGCUGGUUAUCGCACAUACAAGAAAAGCGAGGCAAAACGGAAAGGACAAACUCUUGAAGACUCACCUCCACCUUCACUGGAAAUGGCGCCACUUCAACCUGUGAGCCGUUCAGAGCUAAAAUCGCUUCCGGAGCCACCGAAAAGAAAUGUGGACGCUGCUGGAUCUCCUGUUCCGGGCCGUCCACAACAAUCGUAUGUAGCGCCAGCAGAUCAGCACCAGAAUUACCAAACUCAACCAGUCCAGCAGCAGCCACAGUACGCAGCAAGUCAAGUGCAAUAUCAACAACCGGCCCAGCAGACCAGCGCACCACUUCAGCCGAAUCAAGUGCCAGUGAAUUAUCAGCCGCCCGUUGAACCGCAAGGACAAACCACUCAGCCACAGCUUGGGUAUCAACCCCAAGUAGGAUACGCUGCUCCAGUCAACCCGACACAACCGCCUCCUCCUGUUUUACCUUCCCGGGCAGUUCCCCCAGUACCACCACAGCCUCAACCUGUUCAGCCCCAAUCCGUUCAGCCUCAACCUGUUCAGCCGCAAUACAUACAACCCCAACCUGUGCAACCCCAAUCUGUUCAGCCCCAAUAUGUGCAACCUCAAUCUACUCAACCACAACCUGUUCAGCCGCAACCUGGGCAGCCUCAACCUGGGCAGACUGGUCAGAAUUUGCAAGACCAACUCACAGAGCGCUUUUCAAAUUCUGUCUCUCGUUCAUUAUCACUGGCGAUUACACAGACUGUCAACCAGACCGUCAACCAGACUGUCAACCAGGGAAAGGAGCAAGUGGGUCAGGCCUUUGGACAAACUAGUGGGGCUCCUCAAUCUGCUGAAAGUCGACCUGGUCAAUUGCAGCCUGGUCAACUGCAACCUGGUCAAUUGCAACCUGGUCAGCCUCAAUUUCAAGCAAACUCUGCGUUCCAAUCUCAAAUGGCUCCGGCUGAUUCUGGUCAAGCUGCUCAGAUGUAUCAGGCACCUCAAUUUCAACCGGCUCCAUCUGAAACUCUCCAAGCACAACCGGCUCAACCCCAAACGUUCCAACCCCAAGUAUCUCAGCCUCAAGUAGCUCAGCCCCAGGUUGGUCAGCCUCCUGUUGUUCAGCCGCUGCCUGCUUCCUCUGUCUCGGUCCAGCCUCUGCCAGUCCAACCUUUGACUCCUCAAACCCAAUAUGCACCGGCGACAUACACCCAACCCCAAUAUACUCAAGCCCAGUACACCCAACCCGCUCAAAUCCAACCACAGUUACAAAACUAUACCAAUCAAUACAGUCAUCCCAGUGCUACUCCAACGGCGGCGAGUGAAACUCCCGAAGAAGAAAAACACAUUCCAAAGCCGGUUCCUGAUGCAAGCCAUUUCCCACCGCCGCCGAUCCAUAAGGCGAGAGGUACUUUCUCUGACUCCACACUGUCCACACCUCAACCUAGGUUCACCUCUUCCAAACCUCCAUCAUUACCUUCGCGAAGCGGUAGUCGAAUAAGCCAGGAAAAACUGGAAAAUGAGGAAGAUGAGAAGGGUGGAGAUGAUACAAGUUUGAAGACAGAUGAAAAAGACGACAGCAUGCAUUUGAAAGCUGUUCAUAGUAAUAAAGUGGAAAGCAAGCCAGUGAAGUUUGAGGAUAUAGAUAUCAGCAAAUUUGGACCGCCUCCACCGCCAAUUUAUCGAGGACACACUGAAGAGCCUGGAAGAAACGUCUCUCCACAUACAAGAGGAAAUGCCCCUCCUCCACUUCCUGCCAGAAGAUCACAGUCGUCAGACAUAUCAGUGAAAACUCCUCCUCCUCCUAAACCUUCGAAGCCCCUUGCUAUACUGUCCCAAGAACCGGAGAAAACAGAGCAUGAGGAUUCUCAAGAGCCAAACUUUGCUACCCAGAUUUCCCAAAUUCUCAAUAAGACCCUGGGGCAGGAAGAGUCAUCAAAGAAACCAAACAGUUCAACAUCGACGCCAAAACCUGUAACAGCUCCAAAGCCUGUGAUAGCUCCAAAGCCUGUGACAGCUCCAAAGCCUGUGACAGCUCCAAAGCCUGUGACAGCUCCAAAGCCUGUGACAGCUCCAAAGCCUGUGACAGCUCCAAAGCCUGUGACAGCUCCAAAGCCUGUGACAGCUCCAAAGCCUGUGACAGCUCCAAAGCCUGUGACAGCUCCAAAGCCUGUGACAGCUCCAAAGCCUGCAACGGCUCCAAAGCCUGAAACAGCUCCAAAGCCUGCUGUUGCGCCAAAAUCUGUGAUUAUGCCAAAGCCGGCUGUUGCCCCCAAACCUGAUGUUGCCCCCAAACCGGCUGUUGCUCCAAAGCCAGUUGCACCCAAAGUGGAACAUGCGUUGAAACCUGCAAUUGGAACAAAGCCUAAUAUUGCUCCAAAACCUGUGAUUGUUUCCAAACAGGGUUCCAUCCUGCCAGUGCACAGCUUGUCUUCAGCCUCUCAAACUAGUAAGCUCGAAGAACCAGUCCCUGUCAAGGAAAUGCAAACACCAGAAUUUUCAAAGCUCAGCCUUCGGCAUGUGGUUCCGAAGUCAGAUUUGCCAAAAACUCUGGAAUCUGUUUCGACACCGGUAGUUCCUAAACCCAGGGCACUCCGCUCAAGUACAUCCUCGAUUGGAGAUUCUGUCACAAAAACUUCUUCACCUAUACUGAAGCCGAUUGUUCCGCCUCAUAGGGCUUCAAAGCCCAGUUCUCCAUCACAGGCGUACUCUUCUGAGUUGCAGACGAACCACGAACAGGAAAAGCCCGUGGUUGCUCCAAAACCGACGAGUAUAAAACCAAUUCAUAAAAUUGGUGCAAAACUGGUAUCCCCUCCAGUAGUGAAACCUAGGUCUUCUGCUGGCACUCCUACGGAAUUACCCUCGCAACGCACACCUAAGCCUGUCAAGCCGGUUCCGCCACAGCCUGAAAAGCAGAAGUUACCUUCAGCAGUUGCGGCGUCAAGUCCAAGAAGAAGUUCCCCCACUCCACCUGUGCCUCCGCCUCGGAACUAUGCCCGCCCCUCUGAACCUUUGCCUAAAGCUCACGCCCCAGACUUAGACUUGGCCCUCUCUUCUGGCUGGUUUGCACGCUCGCCAUUCGAACUUCCACCCGCUCUUGCAGGCUUGAACUACUCGACAUCACUUUCCGUCUCCUCCACUGGUGCUCACACAUGCAACCUUGAUGUCCGGCUUCGUGACUUGUCGCGAAUUGUGUAUAAGAUUUCGUGGCAAGGUGAUGCUGUUUCAUCAGCAUCUGCAGAAAUUGUCUCUUUCGUGGAAUCUCCCUUGAGUAAACCUAUGGCGAAAAGUGAUAUGGUUCAAUACAGUACUCAAUUUGGUCAGUAUGUGUCGGGUUGGUGUUUGCAUCAUAUGGGUCAGCAGGUGGGCAGAGGUGAAUGUUGGGAUCUUGCCCAUGAUGCCUUAUUGAAGGGAUGUGGUAAGCAUGCCUUCGUGUCCACUUACACGCAUCAUGGUUAUCCUAUUCUAGAGAUAAUUGGCACAAGUUCUGGACCAUCUGUUGUCCGUGGACCAGAAGAUGAAAUUCGUGAAGGAGAUGUGUUGCAGUUCACUUCUGCCCAGUUCCGAGACGGUGGAGAAGUUCGUACAGCAGGUGCCCCAGAUCACACUGCUGUGGUCAUAGGCAAAAAUGGUGAUAAGCUCGAAGUUGCAGAGCAAAAUGUUGGCGGUGUUCGUGUUGUUAAGAGUGGCAGCUACGUGUUGAAACAUAUUGAAGCUGGGUCUGUCGUGGUUUAUCGACCAGUGCCGAGUGAGUGGGCCGAGUGA